ACAGUUAAAAUUUUAGUGUUUUGGUCGUGUUUUGUGCUUUGGAUUUGACUUUUUAAAACUCRUAUUCUUUAAGAUACAACAGAACAAGUCCUUGUAAACAAUUUUAGCAAACAUAACAAACAAUGAGCUCAAAAAGAAAAGCUACAGCGCAAGCAAAAGAAAGCUCUACCAAGAGACCGAAAUCUGCAGCUCSCAAGAAACCACGUCGACCAAAAGGGAUGAUAGAAGUCCCUGAAGGAACURUUUUAACCGAUCUAACCAAGAAGCAGUGGAAAUUAGGGAAGUUGAUUGGUUGGGGUGGAUUUGGAGCGCUGUAUUUGGCAAGUUCAGAUUCUGGGAGAUCAGUAGGCGAAGAUGCAGAAUAUGUUAUAAAAAUUGAACCACAUUCAAAUGGACCUCUAUUUACUGAGCUGGCCUUCUACCAGAGAGUUGCAAAGCCAGAAAACCUUCAAAGCUGGAUGAAAUCCCACAAACUCAAACAUCUUGGUGUUCCUAUGUAUCUUGGUUCUGGUUUAAUAGAACAAGAUGGAAAUAAGCUWAGAUUCAUGGUCAUGGAGAGGUUUGGUGAUGACGUAGACCAAAUAUUUUUACAGCAUGGCCGUMGUUUUGACAUAAGGACAGUCUUAACUCUUGGAAUAAGAAUUGUYGAUAUCCUAGAAUAUAUCCAUGCUAAUGAGUAUGCACAUGCUGACAUAAAAGGUUCUAAUUUAAUGAUGGGUUACACUAAGGCUAAGAAAGAUCAGGUAUAUUUAUUAGACUUUGGGCUGACAUUCAGAUUCAACCCUAAUGGACAACACAAGGAAUACAAAGAAGACCCCAAAAGACGUCAUGAUGGAACGGUGGAAUUCACCAGUAGAGAUGCCCACAAGGGAGUGGCUCCUUCAAGAAGAUCUGACCUUGAGAUUCUCGGCUAUGUCAUGUUACAGUGGUUAAGUGGUCGACUUCCAUGGGAAGACAAACUCGGUGACAAAGAAUACGUAAAAAAUCAGAAAAUAAAGUUCAUGGAUAAUAUUCCAAAACUUAUCAAGGAAUGUCUACCAGAUGGUGAUAGUGCAGAAAUUCAGCAGAUGUUGGAAUACAUAAACACACUUGAUUAURACAGUGUGCCUGACUACAACAAGCUUCGCCAAAUUUUUCUCAGUGGACUGAAAAAGAGAAAGGCAAAUGAUGAUGGAAAGAGUGUCAUCUUUAUUUCAUCAUCUACAAAUGGUACUCAUGAACAGAGAGAGGCUUCUAGUAAAAAGAAAUCCCCUGUAAAGAGRAAACCUGCUGUAAAAGUAGAUGAGAUUUCUGAUGAAGAAGAACCAAAGAAAACAACAAGAAAAGUAAGAGCUCCUUCAAAGGURCAGAAAAAGGCUGUARUGGAGGUAUCUGACAGAUCAGAUAGYSAAGAAGAACYCYCAGUAAAAAAGAGUCGUUCAAGAGGAACAUCAAAGAAGACUGCUGCUAAACAAGAUGUUCCYGAGGAAGAACGGCCUGCAAAAUCUGGUARAAGAGCAUCAUCCAAGCAAACAGUUGUUACMUCACCUCGUAAAGUAACACAUGCACCAGCUGCUGUUAAUGUUGUUAGAUCAAAUAAACAACAAACAGCAGCAAGAAAACCACGAGGUACAAGACAAAAAAAGCCUGUGCUGGUAGAUAUGGCUACAUCGCCAAUUGUGUUUAAAGACUGAUUUUUAGAUUAUUUACUACCUUGAGUUUGUUAAGUAUUCUACAAUGUAAAAGGGAAAAAAAAAUAUUGCAUAAUAACAUAAAGAAAAUCGGUGAGGCAAGAAUGCUUGUGAAAGAGGUACUUUUUACACAGAUUAAGUUAACUUCCUCAUUAUUUCUCCUUUUGUUUUUGAUUCCUGUUUUUGCAAUAUUUAUCAUGACCAGAGGAACAUAGGUUAGAAACUGAAUCACACCACAGGAAUCCCAAGCAAUGUUAAGAAUGAACAAGAGAGAGACUUAAUGCCAGUUUGUUAUCUGACAGUAGUUAGUCCAAUAGUUCUUGUACAUACAUUUCUAGAUGUCAYUUGCACUCCUGGCUGUUGCUGGUCUUUACCACAAUGAAGUGUGUGCACUAUAGGCUAUAGCCAAAGAUUGCUUACAGUAUAAAAUUGAGUUAACUAUUAUAAUUUAUUGAGUGCAAAUGUUCACUUUGUAUAUUUUGUAAAGAAAUAAAUAAUGUUGAUUUUA